AUGGCGAGCAAUACAGAAUCUAGCAGCGAUGAUGAUAACAGAGAACAAGACCUAGAAAUUUGGAGAAAUGACAUAAGGAAACUUGAUCCAGAUGAAAUGUUGCAGUUUUCUCCAGAUUGCUACGACAUGUACCACUCCAUACAAUUAGAUUGGCCCUGUUUGUCAUUUGACAUACUAUUAGAUGAUCUAGGUGCUUGUAGAAGCGAAUACCCUCAUCAGUGCCAUCUAGUCUGCGGAACACAAGCGCAAGAUGUAGAUAAUUGUUCUUUGUAUGUAUUAAAGUGCGUAGGAUUGCACAGAAUGGAGAAAGAUGAGUCAGACCUGUUGGCUGGGCCAAAAAUGCAGUACAGAGUUAGCAAACAUCCGGGCAUUGUGAACCGCGUUAGGGCCUGCCCCCAGGCGCGUCAGCUUGUUUGUACAAUGUCUGACGACGGCCACUCCUAUAUUUGGGACAUCAGCAAGCAGCUUCUCGCCUUAGAAAAUCAAGACGCCAGUGGCUCGGAAAAGGCCAAUCCGUUGUUUACAAACAAGCUUCAUGGUAACGAGGGAUAUGCCGUGGGCUGGAAUCGCAGGUCAAUUGGCAUGCUGGCUACCGGGGAUACAUGUGGUUCCCUAGUACUAUGGAAGCCUAUCCAAGGUGGAUGGGACCUAUCGGAUAUAUACGGCAAUGUGCACCUAAAGUCGGUGGAGGAUAUUCAGUGGCAGCCCAAUGCCAAUCAAAGCGACCAAAUAUUUGCCACGGCAUCUGCCGAUGGACAGAUCCGUAUUUUUGACCUGAGAAGCAACACCACUGGCCCGACCAUAACCAUUACUUCCCAGCCAAUUAACGACGUUAACUCAAUAUCCUGGAAUCCGCAUAAAUGCGAGAUGCUACUGAGCGGUGAAGAGAACGGAGGUGCAUUUGUUUGGGAUAUUAGGCAUGCAGAUGUCCCAUUGGCAACGCUUAUGUGGCACAAUAAGGCAAUUACAAGCGUGAGCUGGCACCCAGUAGAGCAAUCUGUGUGUGCGUGUGCCGCCAGGGACGAUUCCAUAAGCAUAUGGGACCUGUCGGUGGAGGCCGAAGCUAAGGAGGGCAAAAAGGGGAUUCCGGAGCAGUUGAUGUUCCUUCAUAUGGGCCAAACAGAGAUCACCGAACUGGCCUACCACCCUCUGAUCCCAGGCGUCAUCGUUUCGACUGCAUCAGACAGCCUCAACAUCUUCAAGUGUGCCAAUGUAUAA